ACAAACCAAUCCGUUCCGUGGCCCAAAAAUUCCUCCAACUCUUCAGCACCACCAGCAGCAAGCAGUAGCUCGCUUCCUCACUCUUCUUCUCCUCCUCCUCCUCCUCUUCCUUCUCCUCCAAAUUUUACAGAAACCAAAUUGAAAUUUGCCACCUUUUAGUCACGGAUAGAUACGCACGGAAAUGGCGAAGCUCACGCUCAGAGCCGAGUGCUCCUCCUGCUUAUUUUCACACAACACAAGCUCACAAUCUCCCCUCUCCUCACCCAGACGACGUCGUUUGCUUCGGUUUCCUCCGAAGAACAACUUGGAGUUGAGAGUGAUUUGUAGCAUUCAGGAGAGGGAAAGCGUCAGGGAAACCAAGAGGGUCAAUGGGCUACCGGUGGAUAAGGUCCAACGGGCUGGUUCGGGUUCUGGGUCGGAUUCUGAGGGGGAAUUGAGUCAGGAGAGCGGGUCUGGGGAGGUGGGUUUUGAUUGGGAUUGGCCGCCGUGGAAGAACGUACCUCAGAGGUACAAGCUCAUUGGGACUACUUCGCUUGCCUUCGUCAUCUGCAACAUGGAUAAGGUGAACCUGAGUAUUUCUAUAAUUCCAAUGUCUCACCAGUUUGGAUGGAGUUCAUCCGAGGCGGGAUUGGUUCAAUCGUCGUUCUUUUGGGGGUAUGCAUUGAGUCAGUUGCCCGGAGGUUGGCUUGCCAAGAUAUUUAGUGGGAGAAAAGUUCUUGAGUUUGGAGUGUUAACUUGGUCCUUGGCUACGGGACUUGUCCCUCUUGUUGCUGGAUUUACACCUGGUUUAGUUUUGUCCAGAAUUUUGGUAGGAAUUGGAGAAGGCGUUUCCCCAUCCGCCGCAACUGACCUUAUUGCCAGGACAAUACCUUUGGAAGAGCGUUCACGGGCUGUAGCAUUUGUCUUUGGUGGUCUGAGUGCAGGAAGUGUUGCAGGGUUUCUUCUGGCUCCUCCCCUUAUCCAAAAUCUGGGGUGGGAAUCUGUAUUUUACAUAUUUUCCUCUUUGGGGAUUGCUUGGUAUCUAGGUUUUCAGUUUCUUGAAGGACAAGCCUCAUGGGUUGGUGAAUCAAUUCCACGGUCCCAAUCAACAGAUGUGAAGAAAACAUGGAGUACCGAAGAAUUGGGUGACUUGUUGAAGGAUGUACCAUGGAAAGCAUUUUUCCAAAGUCCAGCUGUAUGGGCAAUGAUCUAUGCUCAUUUUUGUGGAAGCUGGGGUCACUAUACUUGCCUAGCGUGGCUUCCCACCUAUUUUAGUGAGGAGCUGAACCUGAAUUUGACAGAAGCUGCAUGGGUCUCUAUCCUUCCUCCAUUGGCUUCGAUCUUUGUGACCAGCAUUGCAUCACAAUUUGCUGAUAGCUUGAUUUCUAGUGGAGUUCAAACCACUACGGUCCGAAAAGUUUGCCAAACAAUUGCCUUUUUAUCUCCUGCAGCUUGCAUGACUCUUUCAUCUCUUGAUCUAGGAUUGCCGCAUUGGGAAGUUGUUGGGAUUCUCACUGGUGGUUUAGCCCUUUCAAGCUUUGCCUUGUCAGGAUUGUAUUGUACCCAUCAAGACAUGUCACCCGAAUAUGCGAGCAUACUUUUGGGUAUUACCAACACUGUUGGGGCGGUACCUGGAAUAAUAGGCGUUGCCCUCACCGGCUUUCUUCUUGAUUCCACUCAUUCAUGGAGUAUAUCAUUGUUCAUCCCAUCAAUAUUUUUCUACCUGACUGGUACAGUUGUUUGGCUGGUGUUCGCCAGCAGUAAGCCUCAAACCUUUUCGAAGAGAGACUGACCUUUUUUGUAGUUCAGUCUUUUUCUCUUGAAUGAAGCCUUCCAAAUAGCGGGAUUCGUCAUUCAGUGUAUAACUAGUGUCACCUGUGUUCGGAAAUUAGCUUAGUAUUCACCAUUUGGUUCUUUCUGUACAUCUAGAACAAGGCUGCUGCACAUGUAUAUGUAAUCUUCCAUGACAUACACAUUUUUGUUGUAAUCUCGAAUAAGUGUUCUUGGUUAGCCCCCAAACAACGACGGGUGGAAUCUGAUAUUGUACAGCUGUUUUAACAGUUCACAACUUCACUUGGUAUAAAUAUGUUCCAAAAGGUCA